AAAUAAAAAUUAAACAGUAUCAAGAUCGUUUAAUCCAAUUUCCCCAGUGUUGCGCUCAACAAAGUUGGUACACCAUUGUACUAUUAUAAUACAUUUCAUAUACUAUAAUACCUACCUAACUAUUAUCCUUAAACUAUUGUCUUCGAAUAUCGGCAGCCCAACAUUGGGGUGGGCCCGGUUCUGUAGGGCCUACUUGUUUCUGCCUACUUACUCUAUGAUUACUGUGAUGAUUACCAUGGCAACGUUUGUGUAUAAACAAUGAUGAAUGUCAAUUUCACGAGCCCAAAGUACCUAAAAUAUUGUGUCUUGGGAUAUUAAUUCAAAAAUAUGUGCAAUGGAAAAAGAAUUAGACCCGGUGGUGAUAAAAACUACACAAAGUGCCCUUGGCAAAUAUGUGAAGCGUCCUCCUUUAACGGAAAAACUUUUAAGAAAACCACCGUUUAGAUUUUUGCAUGAUAUUGUAACAUGCGUUUUGAAAACAACAGGAUUCUUUGAAGGUCUAUUCGAUGAAGAGGAGUUGGUAUCCGAAAAUGUAAAAGACAGGGAACAUAAAAUUGUGUUCCUUAACAAAGUAAUUACUGUAGUGAGUUGGACUACAGGAAAACCUCUGUCAGUAAAACCCUCAAAAAUUGUAGCAGGUCAAGAAGCAGAAAAAACGAAUGAAUUGCUGCAAUGCAUAGCACUUGCACUUGAUAAAAAAUUGACGUCUAAUGAAGCAGUAAAAAAGUUUAAAGAAGGCACGAAAACAGCUAAAGCUGACGAGAAGAAAUCGAAAGAUUCUACAAGAUCUGUGAAAAAAUCUACAGAUACUAAUAAAUUGACUUCGAAAAGUAACGAGAAAUUAACGAGCCAAAAAAAGGAGUCAAAUAGUCGAUCUACAACUAAACUUGAAAAUGACAAAACAAGUAAUAAAAUAAAAGGAAAAGAAAGGAUUAUACUAAAAAAUGAAUCGCCCCCAAGAAAGACGUCGCAACAAUCAAAACAGAAUUUAUCUAAGAGAGCUUCUUUAGAGAAAAGACAUUCGGAAAAUAAUGAUAUCGAUGUGAAACCAGAACCAACAAAAUUGGUGGUGGUUGCAGACAAUGAAUCUGUAGCUAGAAAUGAAAUACCUCGAAUUUUAAAAGACGGUGAAUUAAGUAAUGAAACACUAUCUAAUACAGAUCAAAACACAACACACAUUGACCUUCUUUCUGAGCGUGAAGAGCCCAACCUUAAUAGCUCAUAUACGAUCGUCGAUAAUGGUUUAAACUCUUCACUGUCUUCUCAAGAUUUAAUGGAUACCGAAAAUAUGAAGUCCCAGAACCAGGAAGAAAAUUUGAAUGGCGAAAAUAUCAUAUCUGUUAAUGAAGAACCACAAAUAAUCAGUGAAGAUACAGCAAUUAAUACCAUAAUAAAACCGAUAAGCUAUGAGGAUGAGAAACAAAACAAAACUGAAAAUUCCGGAAAUGGAAACAAGGCAAAUUUUAUUAAGGAAAAUGAAAGUCAUGAUAAUUAUCCAAUAACUAAGUCUCCUAGUAAAAUUAAAAAUGUUGCUAGGCCAUUAAGUGUCCGGCCAUCGUCUUCAAGGCCUGGCGCCCCUCGGCCAAGAGAUAAACAUGAGAACAUUUUAGUCGAAGCUGAAAAUAUUAUGGUGGGGAAAGUAAACAUAAUAGCAGAAAACGCGCCAAAUGAAGAGGAAGAAGACAACAGUAUCAUUAUUGUGGAACAGGAAAAUCCCUCAGAAAUAGCACAAGAUGAACAGGAACAAAUGCAAUCUUCAUUGAAUGAGCAUGGUCGUCUAGUGCAGCAAAUACUAGAUUCACAAAAAGAAUAUUCGCAAAUGAGUGGGAAAACAGAAAUCGAAUGGCAGUUUGGGGCAAAGAAAGCUAGAGAUGCUUUGAACAAGGAAAUAGAGCAGCUAAGGUUUGAUAUUCAAGCCUUGUCCAGAGUUGCUAACCCGUUAGGUAAACUUUUGGACCACAUACAGGAGGAUGUUGAAGUAAUGCGACAGGAACUGCAUCAGUGGACUAAAACAUACGAAGAAACUUCGAAAGAAUUAUCUGUACAGAAAGCAUUAAAUGAAGAAUCUCUUUUCCCCCUGUAUGCAAAAGUGAAGCAGCUAGACGCAGACAUAACAGAAAAACAUGAUAAGAUCAAUGAUUUAAAAAUAAUCAUACAUAAAAAUUCACUAAGAGUAGAAAAACUUUUAGAAAAUGGAAAUGUGCAAUAAUAUCUAGAUCUAGAAUGUAUUUUUUACAAAUUGUGUAAAACCAUUAAAUCUAAUAUUACUUUACCUAUAUUAUUUUUGUUUGCAAGCCAAAACACCGUUUUGGUGGGUCCCAGCUAGUUGCCCUCGUUGGCGUCACUUCUACAGUCAGUGUCAAAUAGUUCGUGACACCCUUGCACUACAUUAUGGGCAGCUGGGAAUGUGAGUUAGGAAUAAACGGAUAAACGAUCUCCCCACUUGACAGUUUUUAAUAUCAGAGAUUGGGGCCAUUUUAGUAAAUAAAUUCCCAGUUGUCCCCAGUGGGAGCAACCACUCUAUUAUAAUUAUAUACCAACCAAAUGUAACAUAUCUAUAAUAUUAUAACAGAGUAGGUAUGUAACUGACAAGAGAAACACAAUUUUACUAGCAUUUUACUGAACCUACAUUGCACCACACCACAAGUGUAGGUACUUUUGUAACAAAGUAUAAUACCUAUUUAUAUAUGACGGAGCAGCAACUGCAUAAUAGGUACCUAAUUCUUAACAUUUUCCAAAAGAAAUUAAUAAUGUAAUAGAAAAUGGGUAAUCACAAAUUAAUAAAACCAACAGAUAAAGAGAUCACAUUUCAUUAGAUAUAUUAAAAAUAAAAACUUAUGGUUUAAAAUUAUAUUAUGUAUAAAAUAAUAGCAAUUUAAUGCAAGAUUCAUUGAAAAUAAUUGUAAACCAAG